UGUAGGUAUUAAUCUAAAGGUAUCAAUGGUUGAUCUGUUAACUGGUGAAGUUGGACCAGCUGAACCAGUGAGAGGAGAAGAAGGUUGGACUGUUGAAGAAUUAAAAGAACAUAUAGGAGAAGAAUUUAAUAUCAAUCCAUCAUGUAUGAGAGUAGCAAUGAGAGGACAGGAGCAUUACCAGCUUGGUACAUCAGUCCAUGAUAUUAGUGAUGCAAAAAGUACUUUAGAGAAGUUACAUACUCAGUUGCUGUUUAUAUCAUCAGAUCUUAAAGAUUAUCAAAAAGAAUUCAAAGAUAGUUUGAUGUACAGAUAUGUUGAUUUUCACGUCAACUCGAUAACACUUAACAUUACAAUACCUCCUGGACCUGAAGCCACACCCACUAAAACUAAUCUAAAUGUAACUGAAGGAGGAACAAUAAUGAAAACUAUAUCAAUAAAUGAAGAAAAUAAAGGAAAAGAAAGAAGGAUACAGGUACAAGUUAGUAGCAGUAUAACAUUAGCUCAAUUGAAGGAGGAGCUAGUUUCACUGAUUGGUGUACCACCUACUGGUUUUAUAGUGUAUGGAAUCGGCAGUUAUGGAGACUAUGAAAUGGUAGAACUGGAUCAGACACUAAAGUAUAUUGGCUCUGGAUCAGAGUUGAUAGUAAGACUGGGUAGAGCAAUAUUACAAGAAGGAGAGAAACGAAUUAAAUUAUAUUUAUUGCAAGUUAAUAAUACAGAGUUUUGUAGUUUUAUGAUGGAGUCUAUUGUUACUAAGGAUACAACAGUGGGAGAAUUUAAGAAACAAAUUAUUGAAGAAGCAAAAGUACAAGGAAUUGACUGUGUCCUUGAAUUAGACAAAAUGAGAUUACGUGGCAAGAAGGGAGUGUCCCCUAGUACAGUAUAUCUUGAUGAUGAGGUCAUUAAUGCUAAUAAGGACAUAUUAUAUGUGGAAUCAUUGAAAGGACCAGAGAAGAUGAAGCAUGCAGCACAGGUUCAGGUGUAUGUGGUAAGAUGGCGUCCAUCACAAUGUUCAGUUGAUCCAAUAGAAGAAAUUAUACUAGAUAAUAGAUAUGAUCCUAAGGAUUUUAUUGGAAAGCUGUCAGAGUUAAGUGGAGUACCUGCUGAGUAUAUCUAUUAUACAGAGGGACUAUUAUUUCCAGUUGGGAUAUCAUGUCUUGAUAUUGAGAAUAAGUUUAAUUGGUAUUCCAUCAGUUCAGUUAAAAGAUCCUCAUUAGGACUAUAUGAUGACGGACGUGUCCUAUAUUACAAAGACAAAAGAGAGACAAUGAAAGAGUUAACAGAUAAAGAGAUCAGAAAUACAUAAGGCAGAGGCAGCAAGGUUGGAGAAGAUUAGGGAACGUGGCAUACAGCAUGGAGAUAGUAUAGGACUGACUGAAUGGAUUGGUUUAAUUUCUAAGCAUCACAUUAAUUUUUAUUUUUUGUAAUUACAAUGAUGCAAUCCUGCAAAGAAUUACUCACUAUG